CAAACCGAUUAGUUUCUCAGCUUCAAUUCAAUCUCAAUUUCUUAUCUAAAACAGGCCAAUUUUUGUCUUUUCUUGUAGAGAAUCUGAGUAGUAAAUCAAGCGGCUUUAGCAAUCACAUGUCAUGGCUUCUUCUCUAUCUUUGAAUCCUUCGCCUCUCGCUCCAAGAUUCUUACAAACCCUAACCCAAUUCCCCAAUUCUCCAUUCCUCUCUCCAUGCUCUGUUUUGAAGUUAAAAAACGCAUCUUUACUCAACUUGAGAACUCGAAUUGCUCCUCUUCAACCACAACGACUUCGGUCCAAAACCCUUGUUUUGUCUGCUCAGUCCAGUUUCUUGAAAGUUCUUAGAACUGCGUGGAAUAUUGGGAAAGAUGGAAUUGAAGCUGGAACCAAUCUUGUACCUGUUUCUGUGCCUAGACCAGUAGCGAGAAUCUCUGUGACAAUUGCAGCAUUGGCGGUUUCGUUGUUUGUUGUCAAGUCGUUUCUAUCGACAGCUUUCUUUGUAUUGGGUACAAUGGGAUUUGCAUAUUUCUUAUUCAUAGCUUUAAACAAAGAUGAAGCUCCUAAACUAAGAGGAGAUGAUAAUAGCUCUGGUUCUAAGUCAAUGGAUGAUCCACUUGAAGAAGCAAAGAAAAUCAUGGACAAGUACAAGUAAGCGUUGUCUUCUUUACAUGUAACUUAAGCUUAAGAUUUUGCUCAUGAGACAGAACUCCAAUGUAUACAGAUACAAUACUUAGGAAUGUUAUAUGUUCUUUAAGAAAUUGUUACCUCUAAUACCAAAACUUUAUUAGUUUCGAC